AUGCAUUCCCCGACCCUAGUCGCAGCUCUCGUCGUCCUCCUGGGCUUCGUCACUGCCUCUCCUAUGGUCUCUCCCAAGGUCUCUUCCAAGCUCGAACCCCGCCAAGAUAUGCAAUUUUGUAUUCUCAAAGGUGCAUUGACAUGCGGCAGAGCAUUCAAUCCUCGUGUUGGCGUACGUGCUCCCUGCAUCUUCACCCGCACCUCGAUUGAUAUCGAGGCUGAUAAUUCAAAACGUAGCAUAUCUGCGGCCAUGACUACGUCAUCCACAAGUAUGGAGAGUGUGCCCCAGGCACUCAUUGCGUCAAGAUCAGCGGUCGCGAUGGUCUUUUCUGUGCUCAGGACUGAAGGAUCGAUCCGUGGACAGCUUUAG